AUGUCUACCGACCUUGAGAGGCCCCGUGAGCGGAAGCGCAAGCAUUACUAUGUCGUCGCCGACGACGAGACCGACAUUGCCGGAGGCGCGAGUAAGACUCGACAUGCCAGCCAGCUCGACCCUGUUGCUCAGUCCUCUACCAAACCAGACCGCGCGCUUGAGAGCACUAAGAUCCUCGUUGAUAACAGGGACUUUGUACAGCAAGCGCUCAACUCGCAAUUCCAGCCAAGUACUUCCUCCCUCCGGUGGGGCCCACUAGAAACAUCGCCCGGACUCGAUGUAGCAAGCGGUGUGACAGUCCAGCAGUCGCCGUCCAAUGCUACCCCGAAUCGGCCGUCGACCGCAAUGUCUGCCCAAGGUUACCUAGGACGAUCCAAGUAUCUAAGCGCCGAGUUGGAGACGCACGAUGCCUCUCCCACGGACGAAGAGGCAGUAUUGCCCCAUUCGUCAUUGUCUGAAGACGACUGGAGGGUGCUCCACUUGCGCAAAGCGUUCGAUCUCCCUCCACGCUCCGUGCUCGAGAGUCUGGUCUCGACCUAUGUCGCGAAGUGUCAGAUCUGGAUGCCUCUGAUUUCGCACGAUGUCCUCACGCACCUGCAGACUGGCAAUGUUGCAGAAGUCCCAAUCCUACUUAUUCAAGCAGUGCUCAUGGCAGGCUCGUAA